AUGCCCCAACUGCUUCUGACCUCGGAGCUGGACAGCUUCCCUGUGACCCCCCGAGGCUGCUCUGUGACCCUGGCCUGUGGCAUCCGCCUGCAGUUUCCGGCGGGGGCCACCACGGUCCCCAUCACCGUCCACUACCGGUUGCUGCCGCCGGAGCCCAGCCUCGUCCCCCUGGGUCCUCAUGACUCCCUGCUCAGCAGGGUCUUGGAGCUGCAGCCCCACGGGGUGGCCUUCCAGCAGGACGUGGGCCUCUGGCUGCGCUUCGUACCCCCACGGGCCCGGCGUUGCCGCGAGGUGGUGGUCAGGGCCCGGAGCGACGACCGGUGGGGCGACCUGGACACCCGCCUGGAGGAGGAGCAGCCCCGG